AAUUAUUCUGUAGGAGUACCGAGCAACUUUGACUCACUGUAGUGUCCCCACACACUGAACUUGCCGAGUCGAUCAGCAACUGGUAUAGUACAUUGUCACCGUUUGCGUCCAUCUCUCAAAGGUACGAUCACUCACUUCUGACCGUUUUUCAGUAAGUCAGUCCAAGGUAAUUAAGUUGUGCAGCCUGGCUGUAGCACAGAGAGUUGCUUCGUUAAGCUGAACUGUUGAAGGAGUGGCGCAAUUCACAGGAAACAAUGAUCCGUGGGAAUACUCUAAUAACACUGGCAGUGGUCUUGGGGCUCGCCUAUGUGUUCGGCAAAGAGGCUGACACUGAAAAGCGCCAAGAAGGCGAAUCUUUACUUCCUGACAUAGAAUCUGACGUGGCUGAUGCCCCUGAGGACGAGAAGAAAGAAGAGACCGUGAAUGAUCCCAAAUGGCGCUAUAGGUACAGAGCAGGCAGAAAAAGGUACAGGUACAGGCGGUCGAGAUACCGACGUAACAAACCAUAUCCGACACAGAAACCAAAACCUACUCCAACUCCACCCACGCCUGAUGAACAGCCCUGUUCUACGUCCAGACCUCCGACUGAUGGGGAGUGGGCUAAUGACUGGCAGGGGCACAUGUUUUUUGAGUGUCCUAGAGGCAGCACUAUCAUCUCUAUAAAGAGUGUUUUCAGAGAUUGCCAGCAUGACCGUAUUUGGGAAUUCGGCUGCGGUUACAAUGAGGCUUCCACUUCCAGAGGUCACUGUCACUGGGACCAUGGAUACGUCAACGAUCCGAAAAAGGGCAUCUUCUUCAACUGCCCCAAUCACGGUUUCAUUGCAGGUGUCAGCAGCGAUUUUUUUAGCGGGCACGGAGAUCGACGCUUUACUUUCAAAUGCUGCAACGACGAAGAGUUUGACCACGUGGAUUGCCACCAUUCGCGUCUGCUUAAAGGCGACUUCGACUACAAAGUGGAUCGCGACAAGCGGUUUUAUAUCACUGGCAUUAACAGCUACUUCAUCGUCGGGAAAGGGGAUAGAAACUGGAAGAUUGACUACUGCAAGUCUGAACCAGAAUACUUCGGUUCGGGUGAAGGUUUCGUCAGUGACCCCGAGGAAUCAGAUGUCAUCGAGAACUAAACACUUGUUAUGCCCAAGACGAUCUGAAUAUUAAGCUGCACUUAGACUCUAACCUUGUUCUCUUAGUAAUCACAGUCAUUGAAGGUAGCGCGGAUACUGACCAACAAGUAGUUUUGUAGCAAAGACAUAUCAGAUGAGCUUCUUGUUCUUUCAAUUUUUGAGUAUAUAUUAGGUAGCGAAAGAAGCCCACAUCGGAGUUGUAAAAUCAUGUAACUGCAUUAAAAGCCUGGAAAGUUGUCAAUACCUUA